GAUCGAGAGAGAGAGAGAGAUCGAGAGAGAGAGAGAGAUCGAGAGAGACGAGAGAGAGAGAGAGAUCGAGAGAGAGAGAGAGAUCGAGAGAGAGAGAGAGAUCGAGAGAGAGAGAGAUCGAGAGAGAGAGAGAGAUCGAGAGAGAGAGAGAGAUCGAGAGAGAGAGAGAGAUCGAGAGAGAGAGAGAGAUCGAGAGAGAGAGAGAGAUCGAGAGAGAGAGAGAGAGAUCGAGAGAGAGAGAGAGAUCGAGAGAGAGAGAGAGAUCGAGAGAGAGAGAGAGAUCGAGAGAGAGAGAGAGAUCGAGAGAGAGAGAGAGAUCGAGAGAGAGAGAGAGAGAGA